GAUGUUUUGUCUGGGUCAUUUGUGAGAAUGAUGGUUGUGCACGCAUUGAACUAGAUUCUGUCGGCAUACUUGACUUCAUCUAUGUGUCUAUAUAAUGUUGGAAUGAUGUGGCGAAACUGGCCUACUAUGUGAAAAUAUGAAUGCACACAUUUUGGCCUCGUUUUUUUGGUUCCAUUUGGUCCGACGCAUCUCAUUGAAUAGACUGGUUUGUUUCAUCUCUGUGUCGUGUUUGACAUUGUUUCAUAAUAUGUGUGUUGAGUGAACAUCAUCAAUAGCUUGGAGAGAUGAGGAAGAAAUGUAUUAAUUUUAUGAUGACCAACUUAUUCAAUUUAGAUUAAUUAAUGAUCAAUGAAUGAUAUGCUGAGUAGACAUAUACGAUUAGAGAGAUAAUUUACAUUUACAUCUGUUUCAUACAUAUUUGAAUCGUACAGCACAACUUUAACCAUAGCAAACAAACCAACAAACGCUAAUUGCUAAUUGCCAAUUGCUCAACGACCAAUGGUUCUUUCACAAUUUCAUUCAGUUUGACAAACAAAUGUGAUGAGAAAUUUGUUGAUCACUUGGACUGAAUCAAAUUAUAAAAUAAGCGAGUUUGACUGUUACGAAUGGUUGUAAUGGCUCAUAAGACAUCGACCACAUUCAACGAUGCAUUCGAGGACAUUAAUCUGGCCGAACAAAGACGUCACAGACAGAUGGGCUUCACUUGUGGAUAUUCGGUCGGAGAAGAAGCUGGUUGGCGUGAUGGCUACAUAUUUGGCAUGCGAAAAGGUGCUCAAUUAUCGGCCGAAAUUGGUUAUUAUCAAGGAUUCGCUCAUGCUUGGAUAUCGAUCCUGGAACAUGAAGAUACAAACAAACAACGCAAAUUGAAUGCAUUACACUCUCUGCUUGAGAUGACCAGAAGCUUUCCACGUACAAACAACAUUCUCGAAGAUGAUACUGUUCAGAAAUUGGCUCGUAUCCGGGCCAAAUUCAAACAAGUCAAUGCAUUGAUCCUGGGAACUGGUGCAACGUCUACAACAUUUUUCAGUUCAUCAUUCAGUGGUGGUGGCGGCGGCGCCGGUGGUGGUGGCGGAAGUGCUGCUGGUCAAGCACCAACUGGACCAACUGCUAGUCAAGGAGCUCAUCAUCAUCAUACACAUGCACCGCACAUUGGUGGCAUCUACAACCGCGGUGGUGGCACAUCGUGUACAUCACAAGAAUCUGGUGUUGGCACAUCAUCGUUUCGCGGAAUCUCUCCCACAGCCUAUAAUAAUAAUAUAUCGGCCACACCAUGUCCACAUCAUCACCACCAUCAUCAAACACCACCACCACCCAAUGUAGAAAUGUCAUUUUAAUAUUUGAAUCCAAAGUACUCCCACACACACAGUCAAACAAACAAACAGUGAAAUGAAUGUUGUUGUUGUUGUUGUUGUUGCAAUGAACAAGAAAAUUGUUUAUUUUCAAAAUUAAAAUACACAAGAAGACAAGACAAAUUUAUCUCAUUACAAAUAUGGAAAGCAAACAAUAAAUAAAACUACUGCUAUUA